CUCAGGAUACAUCCGCCCUUCAGCUGCACGUAGUAAAUAACAAAGUCUUUGUUGAAGAAAUAUUACUGAGGCGAGUUGCAAACAAUUUAAAGAGUGUUUAAGGACUUGUUGUGGGUGAUCACCAGUGGACAAUCAAACUUUACAGGCUUCCUCAAUUGAAAGACAUGGAUGAUAUCCCGGUUGCGUCAAAAGCACCCCUGCUUGUUGACAGGGAAUUGCCAGGAUUGAGAGAAGCUGUAGCACAACUCGUGAUAAAGGAGCACGAUGUAGAGACUCCCCAUGGAAGAAUCCACUGCACCAUGAAGGGGGUGCCCAAAGGAGACCGGCCCGUCAUCCUCACCUUCCAUGACAUUGGACUGAACCACAAGACGUGCUUUGACUCCAUGUUCCAGCAUGAGGACAUGCAGGAGAUCAUGCAGCACUUUGCUGUGUGCCACGUCGAUGCCCCUGGGCAGCACGAGGGGGCCAACACCUUCUCUACCGGGUACGAGUACCCCUCCAUGGAUCUGCUGUCUGAGUCCCUCCCCUUGGUCCUCAAGCAUUUUGGUCUGAAGAGCGUCAUUGGAAUGGCCGUCGGCGCUGGAGCCUACAUCCUCGCAAGAUUCGCUCUGGACUACCCCGCGUUGGUGGAAGGCCUGGUUCUGAUUAAUAUCAACCCCUGUGCUGAGGGAUGGAUGGACUGGGCUGCAAACAAGGUCACUCCUUUGCCUGAAAUGCUCAUCGGCCAUCUCUUCGGAAAGGAGGAAAUCUCCAACAACCACGACCUUAUCGCCACCUUCCGCCAUCACAUCAUGAACGACAUGAACCAGUACAACCUCCAACUCUUUGUCAAAGCUUACAACAGCCGGCGGGACCUGGAGAUUGAGAGGCCCAUUCCUGGUGGAAAAGUCACCGUCAGAACCCUGAAGUGUCCUUCUCUGUUGGUGGUAGGAGACAGCUCUCCGGCCGUUGACGCCGUGGUGGAGUGCAAUACUAAGCUGGACCCGACAAGGACCACACUGCUGAAGAUGGCUGAUUGUGGAGGUCUCCCCAUGGUUGACCAGCCUGCAAAGCUGACAGAGGCCUUCAAGUACUUCAUUCAGGGAAUGGGCUACAUGCCUGCUGCCAGCAUGACCAGACUGGUCCGCUCUCGCACGGCGUCCGGAUCCAGCAUCCACUCAAUGGACGGCAACAGGAGCCGGUCUCACACCAACGAGGGCAACCGAAGCCGGUCACACACCAACGAGAAGCGUGGCCGCUCCCACACGGACAGUAUGGAAGGCACAGCGAACAGCACCGCGGCUCUCAAGUCCACCGAAGUGUCCUGCUAGACGACCCUUACCCUCGACCUUUAACCUCCGAUCCCCUGCCCCCUGGUUCCUGCUGCGCUGCCACUAACUACACACCCACACAGGAUUCCAUACCAUUCAAUGCAAUUGGGAUGCCUCCAAUUAGAGAAUGUUUUCUCUAUGCCAAAGAGUUAUGCAAAGAGGUUUUUUAGUAAGGAUAUGCAAGUACAUACUACUGCAAAAUAAAGGAAAUUCCGUAGAGAAAAAAAUAAAAAUAAAAUAAACUGAUCCCUUCCCAUCUGCAGAGUCAGGUGGAAUAUCUAGGUGUUAGGGGCAACGCAGCCGAGCGACACCGCAACGGAGAAUGUGGGAGAAAGCUGUGGCUGCAGAGCGACACAGCAACGGAGAAUGUGGGAGAAAGCUGUGGCUCCAGAGCGACACCGCAACGGAGAAUGUGGGAGAAAGCUGUGGCUCCAGAGCGAGUACCUAGUACACCAGUUUGUACAUUUUUCUUUUAAAUCUCUCAUUAGGAAUUUUUUGUUUUGUAGUAUUUUAUCACAUCUGACACAGUUUGCUUAAAUGUGUACCUGACUGUAAAUGAGUGUUUCUUUCUGUUCUCAUUGUAAUUGUUCAUCAUUAACUUUUCAAUGUUAUAAUUGCUGUUCUGUGUGAUAUAGGAGAGGGUAAUGUUAGGCCUAGAUGUGGAGUAAGAAUAGGGAGGAAAGUGGAUAAUUGUUUUUGCUCAAAUUGCUGUUCGUCUUUGAAACCGUGGGAAGGAGGGAAUCGGAAAUGUAUCAUGUACAUACAACACAUUCCUGUAACCAUUCCUCUGUUUAAUGAUGUUGUCCAUUCAUUUUGAGUUAACAGUCUCCUGGAUGUUCUGUAUAUGUCAACUGUGGAAUCAAACAAUUGUAGCCGUUCUAUUCUAGAACAUUCCAAAAUACGCUAUCCUUUUCAUUAAUGAAACACAACAAAAACUAAAUCAAACAGCUUUGCAUCUUAUUGCUUUAUUAACAGAUCAUGGCUUCAGGCAAAAGUUUAUAUUUUUGAUCUUAUUUUUGUGUAUGUAAAUGAUGUUUUCUAUGCAAUCAAGCACGGCAGAACAAAGAUGAUGUUGCCAUGGAAACCUUCUCUGACUUAUUAAAACUCCUUUGUUGUGAUGGAUUUGAGAGAGUCAAGCUGAUAGAUCCACAUAAUGUAAUAUGAGGAUAGUUAUCCAUAGAACGUAUCAGAAACCCUUUCCCACUCUUACUUGCACCAGUGCAACACUUUCCGGCUUUGUAGAACACAGGCUUACAUCGCUUUGUAAAGACGCACAACUGCCUAAUGCUGUAGACGAGAAGCAUUAAAUGGCAUAACAGUUUGUAUUUAUUUAAAAAAAUAAAAACAUAACUUUU